CCCGCCCUUGCUAGCAGACGCCUCCCGCCCCCCGCAUUGCUGAUGCUGCUGCUGGCAGACAUGGACGUGGUGAAUCAGCUGGUGGCCGGGGGUCAGUUCCGGGUGGUCAAGGAACCCCUUGGCUUCGUGAAGGUGCUGCAGUGGGUCUUUGCCAUCUUCGCCUUUGCCACAUGCGGCAGCUACAGCGGAGAGCUCCGGCUGAGCGUGGAGUGUGCCAACAAGUCCAAGAGCGACCUCAACAUCGAGGUCGAGUUCGAGUACCCCUUCAGGCUGUACCAAGUGUACUUCAAGGCACCCACCUGCAGAGGAAGCACUACUGAGAUCUUCCUGGUGGGGGACUACUCCUCAUCAGCUGAAUUCUUUGUCACGGUGGCCGUGUUUGCCUUCCUCUACUCCAUGGGAGCACUGGCCACCUAUAUCUUCCUGCAGAACAAGUACCGGGAGAACAACAAAGGACCCAUGCUGGACUUUCUGGCCACAGCAGUGUUCGCUUUCAUGUGGCUGGUUAGCUCGUCAGCGUGGGCCAAGGGGCUGUCAGAUGUAAAGAUGGCCACGGACCCAGAGAACAUUAUCAAGGAGAUGACUGUCUGCCGCGAGGUGGGGAACACAUGCAAGGAACUGCGGGACCCCGUGACCUCUGGCCUCAACACCUCAGUGGUGUUGGGCUUCCUGAACCUGCUGCUCUAGGUCGGCAACCUGUGGUUGGUGUUCAAGGAGACAGGCUGGGCCGCCCCAUUCCUGCGCGCGCCUCCCGGUGCCCCCGAGAAGCAACCAGCGCCCGGAGACGCCUACGGAGAGGCGGGCUACAGGCAGGGCCCCGGCGGGUACGGGCCCCAGGACUCGUACGGGCCCCAAGGCGGCUACCAGCCCGACUACGGGCAGCCCGCUGGCGGCAGUGGUUACGGGCCCCAAGCCGACUAUGGGUAGCAAGGCUACAGCCCCCAGGGUGCGCCCACCUCCUUCUCCAAUCAGAUGUAG